AUGUACAAUGAAAUUAAGAAACCAAAUGGGCGUCCGAAGUUUGUCGCCUCGAAGGCCGGCAGUUACAAGUAUUGCUUCGGCAACAAGAUGAGCUCAUUGACACCGAAAGUUGUCCUAUUUGAAUUGGAAGUCGAAGAGGAUCACUUGCAAGCUGAAGAUGAAGAUGACGGUAGCCAUUUCGGUUUAUUUGACCUACAUUCAUAGACGCACAUAAAAAGCUAGUCAGCAUGGUAAACGAACUAUCACACUCAAUAGAAUCUGUGAAGCUCGAGAUGGAGUACGUUGCGCUGCGUACGAACAUUCACUGGAACAUAAAUCAAAAUACUAAUUUCCGCGUCGUGCUUUGGGCGGCUUUUGAAGCUGUUUUGAUCAUUACGAUGAGUAUCGGUCAGGUGUUUUAUCUGAAGCGAUUUUUCGAAGUCAGACGGCUUGUU